UGCUCGGGCCCCCGCGUCCCGGUGACAUCAGGGAGGCGAUAAAAGGCAGCGGCUGCGCCGGAUCCCGCACAGCUGCACCGCCGGGCUGCGAGCGGCUGAGAUCGAGAGAGCCCAAGAGCAAGAGAGCUAGAGAGCGAGCGGCGGGCGCUCGCCCGGCGCCACCCCUCGACCCGGCCGCGCGCCCCGCUCGCUUCUCCACCCCUCCCGGCUCGGCCCGGCCCCGGCUCGGCCACAGCCCCGAGCUCUGGGGCGGCGCAGGCAGCCUCGGGACUCUCUCGCGCGCCGCCGCGUCCCCAGACAAAGGCUUGGCCGGCGGCCCCGGCCCGCUGCGCCCUCCGCUCCCCACCUCCCGGGCUCGCCGCUCUUCGCCCCCGCUCCCGGCUCGGCGCGCCCCGGCCGGCUGCAAAGUUUCCCGGGCGGCGGCGGCGGCUGCGCCUCGCGUGAGCGAUGGCCGCGGAGCUGAGCAUGGGGCCCGAGUUGCCCACCAGCCCGCUGGCUAUGGAGUACGUCAACGACUUCGACCUGCUCAAGUUCGACGUAAAGAAGGAGCCGCUGGGGCGCGCGGACCGCCCGGGACGGCCCUGCACGCGCCUGCAGCCAGCCGGCUCGGUGUCGUCCACACCGCUCAGCACGCCGUGCAGCUCGGUGCCCUCGUCGCCCAGCUUCAGCCCAACCGAACAGAAGACCCACCUCGAGGACCUGUACUGGAUGGCGAGCAACUACCAGCAGAUGAACCCCGAGGCGCUCAACCUGACGCCCGAGGACGCAGUGGAGGCGCUCAUAGGCUCGCACCCAGUGCCACAGCCGUUGCAGAGCUUCGACGGCUUCCGCGGCGCGCACCACCACCAUCACCACCACCACCCACACCCGCACCACGCGUACCCGGGCGCCGGCGUGGCGCACGACGAGCUGGGCCCACACGCGCACCCGCACCAUCACCAUCAUCACCAAGCGUCGCCGCCGCCGUCCAGCGCGGCCAGCCCCGCGCAGCAGCUGCCCACCAGCCACUCCGGGCCUGGGCCGCACGCGGCGGCCGCGGCGACGGCGGCUGGUGGUAGCAGCAGCGUGGAGGACCGCUUCUCCGACGACCAGCUCGUGUCCAUGUCCGUGCGCGAGCUGAACCGCCACCUGCGGGGCUUCACCAAGGACGAGGUGAUCCGCCUGAAGCAGAAGCGGCGGACCCUGAAGAACCGGGGCUACGCCCAGUCGUGCAGGUAUAAACGCGUCCAGCAGAAACACCACCUGGAGAAUGAGAAGACGCAGCUCAUUCAGCAGGUGGAGCAGCUUAAGCAGGAGGUGUCCCGGCUGGCCCGCGAAAGAGACGCCUACAAGGUCAAGUGCGAGAAACUCGCCAACUCCGGCUUCAGGGAGGCGGGCUCCACCAGCGACAGCCCCUCCUCUCCCGAGUUCUUUCUAGCACAGAGACACACAGUCCGGUGACCGACAUCAUCACGC